AUGAUUAGUUUGGCGCAAGACGCCCCCAGGCGAUUUGAUCGGCCAUCCUCCUCCAGCUCCAAGGCCGAGGAUCCGAGAUCGCAUUUGUGUAACCCGGCCAAUUAUGUUUUGUGCGACUCUACUUGUAAGCCGUCAGCUGUUCAGUUACCUUCCGACACCCUCCAUGUUUGUUCCACAACACAAACUUUCGGCGAGCUGUCGCUUCGAGCAGUUUAGUGGAACGUCUGAUGUCAUUCCACCUUUUCUGAAGACUUCAUAUUUUCUCCAUUUUCUCCUAAACUAAACAUGCCAUUUCAAUAUUUAUAGUUUUAUCAUUCUCUACCUUUAUAACAACACAACUAACUUUUCGUGAGCCAGCUUCAUUCAAAAGUUUCACUUUUUCAGUUACAGUACCGCUCAAAAGUGUAUUAAGUUUUGGUUUUUUGAGAAUAUCUCAUCGAGUACUUAUCCGAUUUAUAUAUAACUUUCAGGGAUAAUGUAAAAUAUACUUUGUAACAUAUACGGUAUACAAAGACAUGUUCGCAAUCACUGUGACGCGUUUUAGGCAUUUUUUUAUUGAAUUCAAUUUUUUUUGUUUUUUAUGCUUUUAUUUUUAUUAUUUUUUAUUAAAUUUUUUAAAAGUAAUAAUGUUGCCAUAUGUUUUUUUUCAUGCUUUCAGACAUGGGAAGAACCUCUGGAAAAAAGGAUUUGACUGAUAACGACAAAAGAGCCAUCGUUGUGGGUCGUCAAAAUGGACUGACCAUGAUGACGCUGGCAGGAAUGUUCGGCGUGACGGAGGCGGGCAUUUCUCAGUUCCUAAAGCGUUGGAAAGCUCAAGAUGGCUCUACUAAGAGCCAACGCACUGGAAAACCACGUGUCACUGAUCGUAAUGACGAUAGAAACAUUUUGAAGACGUCUAGAACCAAUCCAAGACUCACCGCCCCUGCGAUCAGACGGGAAGUUUUCUUGAAUUCGCCAUCUCCGACAUCCGUCACGACCGUGAAACGACGUCUGAAUGUUGCUGGAAUCAUGGGAAGACGUCCAGUGAAGAAACCGAUGAUUUCUGAAAAAAAUCGAGCCGGCAGGGUGAAGUGGGCGAAGGAGCAUCUCAACUGGACCCGUCAAGACUGGAACGAGAUUCUGCGGUCCGACGAAACGGUCCUCCACCAUGUUUCACAGUGGGUAAUUGGUAUUUCGGAUGAUAUCUGGACCCAAUAGGUCUACGAACCCACUGAAUUCCGUCACUCCCGAAGAGGAGGAACUUGCUUUCGUCGGACCACAGAAUCUUGUUCCAGCCUUGACGCGUCCAGUUGAGAUGCUCCUUUGCCCACUUCACCCUGGCGGCUCGAUUCUAUUCAGAAAUCAGCGGUUUUUUCACUGCACGUCUUCCCAUGAUUCCAGCAACAUUCAGACGUCGUUUCACGGACCAGACGGAUGACGGAGAUGGCGAAUUCAAGAAAACUUCCCGUUUGAUUGCAGGGGCGGUGAGUCUUGGAUUGGUUCUGGACGUCUUCAAAAUGUUUCUAUCGUCAUUACGAUCAGUGACACGUGGUUUUCCAGUGCGUUGGCUCUUAGUAGAGCCAUCUUGAGCUUUCCAACGCUUUAGGAACUGAGAAAUGCCCGCCUCUGUCACGCCGAACAUUCCUGCCAACGUCAUCAUGGUCAGUCUAUUUUGACGACUCACAACGAUGGCUCUUUUGUCGUUAUCAGUCAAAUUCUUUUUUCCAGAGGUUCUUCCCAUGUCUGA